AUGCAACUUGUUAGAGAAAAUGAGAGGAGCAGAGGUGCGAAAGUGCGAAAGCGUGAAGGGCAUUUUCGUCACAAUGAUACUUUUGAAACAAACCGAACUUUUGGCUUCGCGGAGAGCUAUAAAUUGAGUGAGACUCGGAGCUUUUUCAUCUCACCCUUAUUUCCUUCACACUCUAGUAGUGUCUGCCCAUCCAUGGCUUCUCUUGGGUUCCCCUCUCUCCUUCUUCUGAGCUCCAUUUUCAUGUUCGCUUCUGCCAUAGCUUCUCCCCGUUCGCAUCCCGCCCCGAAAGUCUCUCUGGCUCUGUACUACGAGACCCUAUGCCCUGACUGUUCGAGUUUCAUCGUUAAUGAUCUUUCGAAGAUCUUCAACAAUGAACUCAUUAAAAUCAUCGAUCUCAAGCUUGUUCCUUAUGGAAACUCCAAGAAAGAUAGCAAUGGUACCCUCAUCUGUCAGCAUGGCAAAGAACAGUGCUUUCUGAAUAUAGUGGAAGCCUGUAUCAUUGAUAUGUGGCCAACUCCGCUUGAAGAUAAAUAUGGAAAAAUGACUGGUUCUCUUACACCUCCUCAUGAAUAUUUUCCUUGGGUAACUGUUAAUGGUCUGCCACUCCUUCAGGACUUCAGAAAGUUCAUAAGCUAUGUGUGCGAGGCUUACAAAGGCAAACCUGUGCCCGAGGUUUGCAAGAAGCAUUUAACCCAUCAGAUCAUCCCAGUGGAGGAAGCCAGCCCGACCUCUGAAGUAAGCUUUCCAGAUAGGAGAGUGGCGUCUCCACCAAAGCAUCCUUCACCUCCAUCAUCACUGACAAAAAAGGGAAGAAUUUUGACUGCAUGGAGUCGAGGGAGUAGCCAGAUGAUGUAGUAUUCCAUAUAGAGGUCCUAUCCAUCAUGGGCCAUACUCAAUAAUUAAUAUGUAAUGAUUUGGAAAAAGAAAAUAAAUUCAUCAUUUCUUGAGUGUUUAAGAA